AUGGACUCCAACGUGGAGGAAACGGAACUGGACGUCGGAUCCGCGAGCGACGAACUCGAGUCUUCGAUCGCGGAAUCGAAGUUGACGCGUCGACCAACACCGAAACCCUUCACGAUCGAGAGUUUGAUAGGGAAUUGUGGAGCACAGAAGGGAAACUGCGAGCCGGGUACACACGGAGAAAGGAGAAACGAAAACGAAGAAGAUUCUGAUCGAGAUAGGGAGUAUCUUUAUCAGCGACAUUACUUGGCGACAGCAGCUGCAAGUGCUCUACCUCCUGGUUUUGGAGUGCCACUCAGUUUGUAUGGUGCAUGGUUACCAAUGCGAAUGUACGGCAACGGCGGCACUUCCGGUGUUCCGAUGCUACCAGCGCACACCUCGGCCAGUUAUCCGUCACACCAGGAUCUUUAUCAGAAUCGGCUGUCGCAGCAUCUCGGUCCAGGCACGAAUCACCUUCAAGGCGCGGCUUAUCCGGCUGCUUGUCAGCGUGGCUCGAAUCAUCGUGGCUCGACAAGCUUCACGGACAGCGAGGACGAUGGUAGUAUCGAUUCACCGGCAUCACCUGCGCACGAUCUCUCGAAAUCGAGACACGGCUCGGAGAACGGCCGCGUGUCAGCGGACAGCGAAGACGAGGGCGGAGGGUUGAGCGUAGCCGGCGAUGGCCACGACGCCACAGACACAAUGUCCAGCAACGCGUCCAGCAACGUGAGUCCCGGAGGUUCCCUGGAAAACGGUCAAACCACCUCAACCAGUGGGUCCAGCAACAACAAGGCCAGACGCAGACGAACAGCCUUCACUUCCGAACAAUUACUGGAACUCGAACGCGAAUUUCACGCGAAGAAGUACCUCAGUCUCACCGAAAGAUCGCACAUCGCUCAUGCUCUAAAAUUAUCAGAGGUCCAGGUGAAGAUCUGGUUUCAAAAUCGUCGAGCCAAGUGGAAAAGAGUGAAGGCAGGAUUGAGUGGCGGUGGAGUUGGUUCCGGUGCAACGAGUAUGGCGACUGCUGGAGCCUCUAGCAGACACAACGGAGCGACUGGUCAACAUUCUGGAAACGGUACAAGGAUCGUGGUGCCGAUUCCGGUGCACGUCAGUCGACUGGCAGUGAGAUCUCACCAUCAUCAUUUGGAGAAGUGCGCCAGGCCGCCCAGAGUUAGACCAGCCAGCGAGAGUCCAGCGUCCAGCGCUUCGUCCUCGGUCCUCGGCGAUGCUCUUGGACUGGUGAAUUCUUCUAUCAACCUCAGCGGACAGGUGCAGAGUCCUUUGAGCAGCGGAGUUGGAAUUGGAGUCGGUGUUGGAUUGAGAGCGUUCACCGUACCGUCUCAUCGCGGUGGACUCAGCUCUUCCGGCAGGUAG